UUGCUCUGCUGAUUCUCUCAAAAAGAGACUGCUUUGCUUGCCAUUUCUUUCAUUACUGAGCUCCUUCGAAACUACAAUUUGCGCAGGAAUCUUACGAGGAGAGUCACAAGACGGAUGUCCGGAACAGAGCAGUCGACGGGAGGCGUUGGACGGUUGUCCCCGAUGACGACCACCGGGAUCAUGGUCGCAGCGGUGGUCGCCUUCUUCGUGCUCUUUGUCCUCGCCUUCUUCCUGUACCUCCGCGCCAAGUGCUACUGGGGCGCCAUCCCCGUCGCCGCUGGCACCCGCUUGGCCUCCUUCGCCGCCACGCGGCCGGGCGGCCUCGACGCUGCUGCCGUCGCGGCGCUUCCUUCGGUGGUGGUCUCCGCCGGGGCCUUGAAGGAGAGCCUGGAGUGCGCGGUCUGCAUCUGCGAGCUGUCAGAGGGCGACGCCGCACGGUUGCUGCCCAAGUGCGGCCACGCCUUCCAUCUCGAGUGCAUCGACAUGUGGUUCUGCUCCCACUCCACCUGCCCGCUCUGCCGGACCUCGGCGGAGCUCGUGAAGCCCGAGAGUGCUGUUCCCGGCGCUGAAUCGGUUCCCGGCGAUAGUCACUCCGUCGAACCGUCGCUGAAUUCUGCGGCAAAUGUGCUGUCUUACACGUCAGAGGGUCGGGUCGCCAGUGGAAGUUUCGGCGGACCGGAAGGGAGCUCGAGCACUUCUGGCUCUUCUUAUGUGAGGUCAGAGGACGCAUUGGUGACUGAGAUGCCGAGGACAGCGGUGGAUGGCUUCCAAACUCCGUGCUCGCCAUUGCCUGUGGAGAGGACUCCUGAUGAAGAGAUCAGGUCGCCGACAACACCGGCGUUGAGGUCAUUGCGGAGGCUUCUGAUCCGUGGUAGCAGGAUGGCUGAUGCUUCCUGUAGUCCUCGAAGAUGUGAUAUCGAGCAGGGAAGACGUCCGCCGAGUCCUAAAACAGCGACGAGUUCAUGAAAGGCGGCCUGAUGCAGAAAAAGAGCGUUUUUCCCCCACUGGAACAACUGAAGAUUCUCAUAUUUUUCUGAAGCUCUCUCAGAUUCUUCUGUGCCAACGGGGGGAUUAAGAUGGAAGAUGUAUGUCCACUCUGAAGCAGAAUCUGUUCCCACCUAAAAAAGGUGUUCCAUUCUCUCCAAGAUAUCACUCUUGGAAUAUAUCCAAAGUGAAUGCUGAGGAAUGUAGGUCCACUUGCAACACAUGAGCUGGAGGACAUAUCCAGGGAAAAGAAAGAUAAGAAUUUGCUGUCUCCUGACAGUGACUGUUCUGUGUUGCAGAGAGAGAGAGAGAGGCACUCGAGCAGUGCAGAAGAUUACAGUCUCUUGAUGAUAGAAACUUCACCAUGCACCAUGUGUAUGGCAAGUUCAUGAACUCCACAACCUUGCAGCAAAAUAUCUCCAGUGGAAGUAGACAUCUCCAGAAAGACCAAAAACAAAAGACAAGCACAGAGCAGGGAAACAUCUCUCGAGUGUCUUGUUGAAGCACAGAGCACAAGAACUGGUCCAGAUCAAAAGAGGCUCCUCCCAAAUUGGUGCCCACUGACAAAGAUCUCUCUUUCAGUGGGCAACAGUCCAUUCCCUCCCAGGGAACACUGCAAGAUGGGCAUGGAAGGCAGCUGCUCACCAUUAAGUUCAUUCUUGACCAAGGAUUCGAUUCAUCUGACUGAAACCAGAGGGGAAAUUGUGUUAGUGUUUUCUAAGAAAUUACAAAUAGUUAUUGCUUAAUGAUGAGACAUUGAGGUUUCUGUAACAUCUGUGUUUAUUUUACUUGAAGAAUUAGUAGGUGAGAGUUCUGCAUUGCCUAUGUUUUUAGUUAGGAAUUAAGUGAUCAUCUGACAUUUCUCAUUUUCAAGGAGUGAAAUCAUUCUUUU